AUGCCCACUAAGAUCCUCUAUGAUCCUCUAUAUAGACCAAUGAAGUACAGCAGGUGAAUCAGUUCCACAUAUUGAACUGGGCCCCAGACGGUAGCUGCUCCAGUGUCAAGACCAUCACUGAUGUCAUCGAUGACGUCGUUAAAGUUCAGAUCCGAACUGGGCAACAAACCUAUUUUGAUACAUUGCAGUGAUACAGUGAGCAGGUCGGGGAUGUUCUGUGCCAUAGCCACCACCAUUGAGAGGUGUAAGACAGAGGGAGUGGUGGAUGUGUUCCAGGUGGUCAAGGCUCUCCGUGUACAGAAACCUGGAGCUGUACGCACUGUGGGACAGUAUGAAACUGUUUUUGACGCAGUUCUUGUGUUUUUGGACUCUUUUGAAACAUACUCGAAUUUUGGUCAAUAAUCAUGUUUGUUGAUUAUGAUUACGUCAUUUCCGCGCUGCAUGCUGCACAGUGUGACCCUAGCUCGAUGAUUAUGUAUGGCGGUUGUCUAGACCACUAAAAGACAGGUAGCUAGAGGCUAAGCAGUGAUCGAGUGUUCGUGCUCGGCGGAUAGUGCAGUAACGGAGGAGGUGUCCAGUGCAGAGGACCAAGAGUUGGACUGGACAGCGGCAGCAGCGGAGGUUGCUGAUGAUGGUGCAGAUCAAGGUAACGGUGCCAGUGUUACUGACUCUUCUCCUCUGGUCUCUGGUGGAGGUCCACUCUCAGAGCUUUCCCAGUCUCUCCUUCAUGAGUCAGACUCUGGCCAACCAUUCCUAUGUGGACCUCAGUGAAGUGGGGACUACUCCUCAGAGUGGUGCUGGGAGUGGUGUUGGUGACAGUGUUCAGUGACAGUGUUCAGUGUCAUUCUGACCUGACCACAUGUUGUACUAAUACUAAUGGUCCUCAUCGUGGAGACUGGUAUUUCCCUGAUGGAACUCUAAGCCGCUGGCCUCACACGAGGUGGCCAAGAGGCAACACAACAGAGUCAAGAAUCGCUUUGCAAACAUCUUCCCCUACGAUGAGUCUCGUGUCAAGUUGGGAGAGAUUCCUGGAGAGGAAGGCUCUGACUACAUCAAUGCCUGUUGGAUGGACGGCUACAACCGGUCCAGUGUCUACAUUGCUGCUCAAGGUCCAAUGCCCAACACCAUAGCUGACUUCUGGAGGAUGAUCUGGGAGUACAAGAUCCAGCACAUUGUAAUACUCACCAAAUGUCUGGAGGCCGGGAGGAGACAAAAGUGUGGGAAAGCAUGUGUCUGGAACCAUUGUGGAUGCAUACCUCUUAACCCUCAACCACUGUUCUUAUUGCGCAAGUGUGAGCAGUACUGGGCAGACAACAUUGGAGACGUGUUUGAGACUCAGGACAAGAAGAUGGAGAUCACAACCACCAGCUCCAUGCCUUUCGCUGACUUUGAGAUCAGAACAUUCAAUGCCAAGAACACUACAGCACCUGACGAGAAGCCUCUGGCACUGACUCAGUACCACUUCACCUCCUGGCCCGAUCACGGAGUCCCCAAGUUUGCCACGUCUCUCAUCUCCUUCAUCCGCAGGGUCCAGAAGGCCCACAACAAGGAGGACGGAGUGCCUCUCCUGGUCCACUGCAGUGCAGGGGUGGGACGGACCGGGACCUUCAUGCUCCUGGACUCCAUGUUGGAGAGGAUCAAGGCUGAGAAGACGGUCAACGUGUAUGAGUUCCUGACGGGUCUGCGCAGGAGGAGGGUGCUGAUGGUUCAGACUCUGCCGCAGUAUGUGUUCAUCCACGAUGCACUCUGUGAGCUCAUCACAUGUGGAGAGACUGACAUUGCAGCUCCCGCUCUGAAGGUCAAGAUUCAGAGGCUCUCCAAGGUCAUUCCUGGCAAGGGGGUCACUGGGUUCCAGGAGCAAUUCCAGCUGCUGGAUCAGGUGAGCCGUAAGCCCGAGGAAGACGACUGCAGUGAAGCUCGUGAGCACUACAACCGCUCCAAGAACCGCUACGCCGACCGCCUACCUUACAACCUGUCUCGAGCUCGCCUGAGGCCAACUGGAGAAGAUGGAUCAGAAUACAUCAAUGCCAGCUUCCUUGAUGGCUACAAGAAGAGGAAUGCCUAUAUUGCCACUCAAGGUCCGCUCCUGAACACGGUGGGAGACUUCUGGAGACUCAUGUGGGAGUUCAAGAGUAAAGUGAUGGUGAUGCUGUGCAGUCUGAGUGAAGACGGCCACGAGGCCUGUCAUCCCUUCUGGCCUUACGACGAAGGUAGCACUGCCAAAUAUGGCAAGAUCACAGUCACACUCCAGACUGAGACGUCGUACGACAGCUUCAUUCAGAGGAAGAUGCUGAUCCAGGAUGACAAGGCAGUGCAGAUGGGUCCCGGUGAAGGAGUGGUGGUGACUCAGUUCCAGCUCCCGGACUGGCCAGAGCACGGGAGACCAGUCUCCACGGGAGCCGUGGUGGAGAUGUUGGACAUGAUCACCAAGGCCCAGAUGAACACUGGGAACAGAGCCAUCACCAUCCUCUGCAAUGACGGAGUGGGAAGGACGGGAACGUUCAUCUGUCUCCAUUCUCAGUUGGAGAGACUCAAGACCGAAGGUGUGGUCGACUUCUUCCAGGCUGUCAAGUCUGCCCGUAUCCAGAGAGCUGGCCUCGUCCCUGACGCUGAUCAGUAUGCCUACUGCCACGAGGUUUUGGCUGAUUUUGUCAACAGUUAUGACAACUAUGCCAAUUUCAAGGACGUUGUUUGAGACUAUAAUUAUACAGACAAUGAAGAAUGUGAAAUUGUACAGUAGACUAUUAGCUUGUAUCUUUUUUUCUGUUUUAUUUUUAAUUUUGUAUGCUACUACUGAAUUAACCUGACUUUUUGCAUGUAUUUUCACUCUUAUAACCUACUUUCCUUUAUGCUUGAAAUGUCACUUUAUUGUACUUUUGAAAACUCAC